UAUUUUUUUUUUCCAAUCUGUUCCAACAAACAACCCAUGUUCUUCCGGUUUCAUUUCCAGAUAACAUAUCAAACUUUUUCCUCCAGUGUUCAACUUUUUUUUCAAAACAAAAAGCUUCCCCCCCUCCCCUCCAACGCCUCUGGAUGUUUUUCACUGAUUUCUUGUUGAAAGACUAGAUCUUUGUUCUUCAUCUGCCUCUCAUCUUCUCAAUAAGAUUCCUUUUUCUGUGUUGUUAUUCCUUCAAGAAUCUGUUUUUAUUGGUCUGAUAACUCGUAAAUCUUCUGGGUCUGUCUCAGAUUUGUCAUCUUGUUGUUGCUUUUACUUGAAAGGGAAAAACAAGAGGAGCCCAAAGGUGGGGGAUCUCUGUUCUGUUCGCCGAAUUUGGGCAAAGUCCGGAGCUUUUUCAUCGUUUUACUUAGUUUGGGAAAGUUUCGAGAAUUUCUCGUUUGAUUUGCUGAAAGGGUUUAGUUUUCUGCUUGAGAAAGUGGAAGGAAUUUCAUCUUCUGUUAACCAACUCUGCUCUGAUACUUCUGCUGCGUUAUUAUUGAGUUGGUUUUAGUGGAGACUGAUGAACAGUGAAGGAUAGAGAACGGAAGUUACCCAUUUGAGAAAUCUCUGCUCCCGAGCUAGGUUUUGGAUGCAUUUCCCAGAUUCCAUCUGUUCUUGAACAUUGUGUUGGUGGGUGUUCUUUAUAUUUCCCACUACUGAUUGGUAUAAUUCUAGGGUUCUUGAAAAGGAGAGUGGUAAUGGUGAUGAUGAUAUUGAGAAAGGUUCGACUUCUAUCCGUGUUGAUUGCUUUCACUUGUGUUGUUGGCUAUGGAGAAGCUCAAUCCAGAGGCUUUCUUGUUGAUUGUGGAUCAAAUUCUUCAACUAAAGUAGAUGGAAGGAUAUGGGUAGGAGAUUUAGCUCCCAACAACAAUAUCACCCUUAGUUCACCCGGGAUCACGGCAAUGACCUCGACAUUGGAGGGGAAUUCGAUAUUCUCCGAGAUAUAUAAGUCUGCUCGGGUUUUUCCCGAUAAGUUGAACUAUACAUUCGAAGGAAUCAAUAGGGGGAGCUACAUUGUUAGGUUCCAUUUCUGCCCAUUCCCCAUUGACAGCUACAAUGUGAACGAGUCUUCUUUCACCGUGUUUGCGAAUGGUUUGAGAGUGAUGCAGGACUUCGAUGUCCCGGGAGAGAUUGCGCAUAAAAAUCUGAUCUUUCAAAGCUCGAGCAUCAACUCCACUGCCUUCUCCUUGGUCAAAGAGUUUGUUCUCCCUGUUAGUUCAGGAAAACUGAUUGUUGAGUUCAUUCCGAGGAAAGGGUCUUUCGGGUUUGUUAAUGCUAUCGAGAUUGUUCCCGUGAUGGAGCAAUUGUUCAGGGAACCGGUGACUAGAGCCGGUGGAAACGAUGUGGAUCUGAAUUUGGAUGGACGUGGAAUAGAAACUAUGUAUAGGCUGAAUGUUGGUGGUUCAAAGAUCAAUCCUGGCCAAGAUCCUGAUCUAUAUAGAACAUGGGAGACAGAUUCAAGCUACAUGGUCAUUGCAAAUGCUGGAGUGGAAAUCAAGAACAGCUCAAAUAUCACAUAUGCUUCAGCCAAUGAUUCCUCUGUGGCUCCUCUUCUUGUCUAUGAAGCAGCCAGAACGAUGUCGAAUACCGAAGUCUUGGAGAAACGGUUCAACAUGUCGUGGAAAUUCGAAGUGGACCCGGAUUUCGAUUACUUGGUCCGGUUACAUUUCUGUGAGCUGGUUUUCGAUAAGCCAAACCAGAGGAUAUUCAGAAUAUACAUAAACAACGAGACGGUAGCUGGUAAUUUCGAUAUAUACGAGCAUGCGGGUGGGAAGAACAGAGCUAUUUAUCAAGAUUACUUUGAUCACGUCUCUUCGAAGGACAACGUCCUAUGGAUUCAACUUGGUCCAGACACUGCUGUCGGUGCCUCUGGAACUGAUGCUCUUCUCAAUGGUCUGGAGAUUUUCAAGCUCAGCAAAAAUGGAAACCUUGCUCAUCUCAUGAGGUUUGAUUCAUCCGGGCACUCAGUUAAUGACUCAAAGAUGCGGAUUAUAUGGAUCAGUAUCAGUGCCAGUGUAGGAACCAUCCUUCUCUUGACAAUCUUGGUGAUGUUCAUAGUCUGUUUCCUCAAGAAAACGAGAGGUAAACCCGAUAAAUCCAAGAACGGCCCUCCUGGAUGGCGGCCACUGUUCUUGCAUGUCAAUAACAGCACGGCUAACGCUAAAAGAAUGGGUGGAUCUUUGAACUUGAACACUCUAGUGGCAUCUACAAUGGGUAGGAAAUUCUCGCUAGCCGAGAUCCGUGCUGCUACAAAGAACUUCGAUGACGGUUUAGCUAUCGGAGUUGGUGGGUUUGGUAGGGUUUACAAAGGGGAGCUUGAAGAUGGAACACUCAUAGCGAUAAAACGGGCCAACCCGCAAUCCGAGCAAGGGCUUGCUGAAUUCGAAACCGAGAUUGUGAUGCUCUCAAGGCUUAGGCAUCGACAUCUCGUGUCGCUGAUCGGGUUCUGUGACGAGCAUAGUGAAAUGAUCUUGGUUUAUGAAUACAUGGCGAAUGGAACACUGAGGAGCCAUCUUUUCGGAAGCGACCUUCCUCCAUUGACAUGGAAGCAACGGCUCGAAGCUUGCAUCGGAGCUGCUCGGGGAUUGCAUUACCUUCACACGGGCUCCGAGAGAGGAAUUAUUCACAGAGAUGUCAAGACAACAAACAUAUUACUCGACGAGAAUUUCGUAGCAAAGAUGUCGGAUUUUGGUCUGUCAAAAACCGGACCUUCAGUUGAUUACACUCACGUCAGUACAGCCGUCAAAGGGAGUUUCGGAUAUCUUGACCCGGAAUACUUCAGGAGACAGCAGUUAACCGAGAAGUCAGAUGUUUACUCUUUUGGCGUUGUUCUGUUCGAGGUUAUCUGUGCUCGAGCUGUAAUAAACCCGAGUUUGCCAAAAGACCAGAUUAACCUCGCGGAAUGGGCGUUGAGGUGGCAACGGGAAAGAUCGCUCGAGAACAUCAUCGACCCGAAUCUGAAGGGAAACUACUGUCCCGAGUCGUUGGAGAAGUUUGGGGAGAUAGCAGAGAAAUGCAUUGCAGAUGAAGGCAAGAACAGGCCGACAAUGGGCGAAGUUCUAUGGCACUUGGAGUAUGUUUUGCAGCUUCACGAAGCUUGGUCACGAAAAUCGAACCUUGAAGACUCGUUUUCGAGCAGCCAAGCUCUGGAUAAUGAUGAAGGAACAGCCAUGGAGAAUCAGACUCUGCAAGGUUCUUGUUCUCACUCAGGAGCUGCGGAAGACGUCUGAAGUGUCAAAUAGGAUGAUGGUGAUGAUCAUGAUGAUGAAGAUGAUCAAGUUUCAUCUAUCCAUGAUAUGGCAUGAUGAGAAGGUGUUGUUACUCUACUAAAUUCUUUUGUUCUAUUGAUUCUGUCGAUUCAGAAAGUUGUCAGUAAUGAGCUUGAGCCUCUUGAGUACUGUCUGGUUUUACAGCAUUCUUAUCUCAAUCCUUUUCAAUUGGUUCCCCAAAUCUCUGUUCUGGGUGCCAGAAAGAUCCAUGGCUUGAUAUUUCUUGAUUUCUGUAAAACUGUUUCAAGAAAAAAAAAAUCUUGAAAUC